AUGUUAAAAAUCAAGCUUCCGACAUCAAAAAUUAGGGCCCAUCCACAUAUUGAAUAUAGAGUGAAGCUACUCAAAAGACAAUACAAUGCUUUAUCUAAAAUAUUGAACAUUGGAAGCGGAUUCGGUUGGAAUGAAAAAGAAAAAUGUUUAACUGCACCAAAGGAUGUGUUUGAUGAUUAUGUUAGAAGUCAUCCAACUGUUGAUAGAUUGAGAAACAAGUCAUUUCAAUUCUUUGACGACUUUGUUCAAAUAUUUGGAAAAGAAAGAGCAACAGGAAUAGCAGCUGAGACAGCAGCUGAUGCAGUGGAACAUAUUGAUGUUGAAGACAAUGCAUUUAUAGAUGCAUUACUUGAAGAAGAGGGAGUAAGAGAUUCUGAAUCAAGAGAAGAUGUUGGUGCUUCAACUUGCCAAACAUCUGAUGUUACUGCCUCUACCCCUACAAUGAAAAAAGUAGCUAGCAAGAAAAGGUCUCGAAGUGAUGAUGGGUUAAUCGAGCUUGUACAAGAGAUAAGUAAGUUUGGCUCUGCAUACUGA